UUUCGCCCCGUUCACAUUUUGGUAUUCCGUUCGCGUGACACGACCGUCGUAAGAGUGGAUCGUUGCACUUCUCGGUCCGUGUUCCGUGACGUUGCGAUUCAGUGUUUCUAUUUUGAAGUGCGUAAUGCGACGUGCCCCCGGAUCCGGGUGAAAUUGCGAGUGUUCAGUGCCUCCCCAGUUCCCACGGCGGGUUCUCACGUGAAUUUCCGCGGCCUGCGUACGCACCACUUCCGCUCGACUUCCCCAGAAACGUUUUUCCAGUUCAUUCAAAACCUCAGCAGGCGGAAGCACUCUGUCGAUCCUUGUUUACGCAGACCCCGCCCGAGACAGAAGAUCGGACCCGCGCGAGUACAAGCAGUGCAGACGUAGCGCGUGAACGUAAAGUGCGUGAGUCGCAUGAAUGUGUUCCGCGGUCGUGUGUGAAGGCAUCCCGUGGAAAACGCAAAAUGCAUUCCUUCAGGAGCAGUGAGUGUGUGCGUAGCAAGUACACGGCGUAGGGACCGUGACAACUGAGAAUUUCAUGAAUGAAAGAACAGAGAACGGUAGCAGCCAGCAAUUGCACUCUCCUUCACUCACCGCGUCUUCCGAUGCAGCUUCGACAGAGUCAACCAGAGGAAUCGGAGCGAGACAGAAUGGUCAGUUAUGGAUCCAAUAUGGCUGCCGAUGCACGCAAAGUUCGCGUUGAACAGCUAUUAAAAGUAAAAAUUGGUGAAGCGAAAAACCUAGCUGGACGUAACAGUAGCACAGGUGGCAACGCUGGAGUUCGGAAUGUCUUCGUUACAAUUGCAUUGGACCAAGAGGAGAUCUGUAGGACGCCCGCAAUCGAACGAACAUCAAAUACAUUCAUUGGCGAGGAGUAUACUUUUGAUAUUCCACGGAAAUUUCGAUAUCUAUCUGUCUACGUGUGGGACGGAGAUCGCCAUUUGAAACAAGACAAGCCAAUCGGCAAGGUGGCAAUCCGACGUGAAGAACUGCACACAUACAACCACAAGGAUCAUUGGUUCUCACUGAGACCUGUCGAUGCUGACUCGGAAGUGCAGGGAAUAAUUCACGUCCUCACCUCGUUUGAAUGCCAGAAAAAGAACGAUAACGAUGAAUGGCUGAGUUUCGAUGAGAAUCGAAGUAGCAUAAGUAGUAGAGGUGAUUUGUUAGGAUCAUGGCAGUCGCAGACGAAAAGGAGGACGCCUACACAUGUGAAGAUUAGGGUGCCGGAAUGCUCUGAUCUUGCGAAAAAGAAUGGAACCUGUGAUCCCUUUGUUACUAUUGUGGCAGAAUACACGAACAAUAAAAAGAUUACGAAACGAACAAAAGUCCGAAAGAAAACCGACAACCCAAAGUUUGACGAGAGUUUUUAUUUCGACUUAGUUAUAGACAAUGAAUGUAAGCAGGAUUCAAAUCACACCUACAGAAUCCAUCCUUGUGGCGGUGCCGAUUUGAAUCAGGUGGUGAUAAGUAUGUGGCAUGACACAUCCGUCAUGGGUGAGAAUGUGUUUUUGGGUGAAAUAAAGUUACCGAUGCGAGGUCAGCAACAGCAGAACGCUGUACAGCCGGACGCAUGGUAUUACCUACAACCGCGAACGAGUCACUCGAGGCCGAAUCGGUCUUGCGCCACACCACCCGGCACCCGUCUAAGCUGUGAUAAUUCCAUUGGAUCUCUGCGUCUUAAUCUAUUUUAUACUGCUGACCACGUCUUUCCUCUCGCCACCUAUGAUCGGCUAAUGCACCUACUCAUCGAAAGUAUUUAUCACAGGCCGACAAUGUCUAGCAGCGUGUAUAUCCUAGGCGAAGUUGUUCAAAACAAAGCAGAUGUUGCUCAGCCCCUUGUUCGACUGUUUACCUUUAAAAACCUCAUUGGACCCAUUAUAAAAGUUCUUGCCGAUCACGAAAUAUCACAUUUAACCGAUCCAACCACUAUUUUUCGUGGUAACACUCUCGUCUCGAAAAUGAUGGACGAAGCGAUGCGUUUAUCGGGUCUUCAUUAUUUACAUAAUACGUUGCGUCCAGUUCUCGAGCUGAUAUUUUCUGAGCGGAAACCAUGUGAAAUUGAUCCAACUCGUGUAACAGAUAAGAGUGCCAUUCGUACGAAUCUAUCAACUCUACAAGACUAUGUGGAACGUGUGUUCAAUGCAAUCAUAAAGAGUGCUGUACGUUGUCCAACUGUUCUAUGCCAAAUAUUUCACGAUCUCAGGGAAUGUGCAGCGAAACAUUUCCCAAUGAAUAAGGAGGUUCGAUACUCGGUGGUGUCAGGUUUUAUAUUUUUGCGGUUCUUUGCACCAGCAAUAUUGGGACCGAAACUAUUUGAUCUCACAACUGAAAAGUUGGAUCCCCAAACUACGCGGACACUUACGCUUAUUUCAAAAACGAUACAGUCGCUUGGAAAUUUAGUAAGUUCGCGAUCUGCUCAACAUACAUGCAAAGAAGAGUACAUGGAAGAAUUAUAUAAAAAAUUCUGCACGGAGAAACAUUUGGAGGCUGUGAAACAUUUCUUAGAAGUUAUCUCGACUGUUGGAACGAAUAAUAGUAAGGAGACUAUCCUGGAUCCAGUAUUAUUGAAAGAAGGAAAGGAGUGGAUGAUGACGAAACGAACACAUCGACAGAGACGCUUUGGACGACGGAAUUUUAAGCAAAGAUAUUUUAAAUUGACAACACAAUCAUUAAGCUAUGCAAAAUCAAAGGGCAAACGGCCUAUCUGUGAUAUUCCUUUGUAUGAAAUUUUGGCAGUCGAGAGGUCGCAAGAGCAAAGUUUCAAGCUGCAAAACAUCUUUCAGAUCAUCCGCAAGGACCACACCUUAUACGUACAAACAACGAACUGUGUUGAAGAGAAAGAAUGGUUCGAUCUCCUCAGCAAAAUCUGCCAAAGUAACGCUCAACGGUUGGAAUGUUUUCAUCCGUGCGCCUAUAUCAAUGGCAUGUGGAGUUGUUGCGAAUCGAGUGAUGGCAAUGCGCCCGGUUGUCGGCAGGUCUCGAAUAAACCCUUCCAAAUGGAGUUAGCAACCGCUCUAGAUCCUUCACGUGACUUACAACGUCUCCAUACACUUAUAAUAAGCCAUAGAAUAUCACUUGAAACUAAAUAUAAGGAUGACCCGGUUUGUCAAGAACUUCUUCAAGCUGCAUUUGAGUUGGAGGAGAUACAUCAUAAGCACAAACAACAACUACUUCUGCAGACGAAAUAUGGGAGUCAGAUGGCUCCGAUCGGAGAAGAUAAUUAUCUGAAUGUUAUGCGACAUCAUCAGCAGCAACAAAUACUACAACAACAACAGUAUCAACGAUUUUUCGUAGGCUAGCUAACGUGGCUGAAGAGGGCUCCUCAUCACUGUUAAGUAUGAGAUUGCAUAAGUGAUGCAAAAGGGUAGUAUUUUUAGUGAGCCAAAAAUCUCAGCUUUCUCGGAUUUCAUGUUUCGUUUUAAGAAAUUAUGAAUACCUUUCUUUUCUAAAGAAUGAGAAAAUUUCCCGCUGACAGCAUUGACGGAAGCGAGAGCAUUAUCUUUACGAUUACUUACUGCCAACAUCGGCACCCUUUGAUGUUUCACAAACCAACGAUUAUUUAGUGUUUCAAUCAAGUUUACGUUUAAGAUUUUUGAUGAAAUCAAUGAAUUAAUUUAUUUUCAUUAACUUUGAUUAUAUUUACUAUAAUAUAGUGUUUUGUAAAGUGCUCAAGUCCAUGCUGCCAGCGUCUCCAAUUCCGUUUCGGAACCUGAAUUUGUGUUCUUAUUUUUCAAAGCAUGAUUGAAAUAAAACUGAUAGAAACUAUCAAUUCUAUCGAGAUAAAACACCAAUUGAAAAACUAGUGUCAAUUACAUUCCAUUCACUUUUAUAUUCGUAAAAUGUUUUGUUGUUGCAAAUGCCAAGUAAAUGAAAUAUUUAUAACUAGAGAUGGGAAAUACCCGUCUUAUUUCCGUUCCCAGUUCAUACUUCCUCUCUAAUUACUUUCUUAGAUGUUAUCUCUUGCGAAGCAAGUAUUUAUUUUGCAAAGUUGAAAUUGAAAUGCGCUUAAUUCGCGCCAUAAGGCAAUAUCUUGUUUGUAUUUUGAUGUUUAUGACUGGCAAAGACAAUCAUCGACGGUAUUAUAUGGUUUUCACUAUCUUCCGCACGAAAACAAAAUGUGCAUUCAGCGUUAGAGUUGCAUCGCAGUAAAUGUAUUAAAAGUGCCCAUUCCAUUUAAACGAAAAGCAAUGUACAAUCUUCGGAACGCGAUGUUAAAGCUGAAAACAUAGUUAGGUGUAAUAUUUACAGUACAAUAUUUAAUGUUAGAUUGGAAGCGGAGAGUGGUCUUUUGCCGCAUUAGCACAGUUCGAAAAGGACCGAAACAGUCAUAAACACAAACUAAAAGCAAAGUUUCGUGAACUCAAAACCAACUUGAGCGUUCAUGUUCUAUUCUGCACUCCAGUAGAUGUAACCGAACUACUUCACAAUAAGCACAACAUUUACACGAAAUCAGUGCAUUUUUAUGAAAACGCAAUAAACGUCUUUACUAUCUUCUACAUACAAACUACUCGGCACAAACCGAAUAUAGAGUUUAUGUGUGUGUAAGUGUAUUAGCAUAUACAUAGGACGAUAAGAUGACCUUGUUGAGCAUCUUAAAUUUAUUUGACUCGAAUAGAAUUCUUCCCAACGUUUUGUUUUAGAUUGCUUAGUGCGUAGGAAUCUAGACGUAAUGACUACUCUUAAGCUACAUUCUUAACUCUAAUUUAUACAAAACGCAUGUACAUUCUCCGAAGAUAGGAAACCAUCAGUUCGUUUUUGUUCUGUAUUUUAUACUUCACACUAUUUAGAUUCGAAUUAAGGAAAUUGUUUUCGUUACUAAAAGAAAAGUUCAGAGAAGCAAUCCAGUAACAUUUCUUUUUGUUGUAAGUAUACGACGUUAAGUUUACUAUAAGAUGCAAAACUUCAAGAAAGCACACAAAAACUAACCUGAAAUGGACAAACGUUUAAUCAUAUUCGAAGUAUAACUUUGGAUCAAUGGAUUUCUUUCAGUUCGAAGCCAUUACGUUCUGUACUUUCUAGAGUCGUAGGAGGGAUACGAGAAUAUGAAACUGAAAUAAAAGAGCAAUGUAAAUGUCUGCGUUGAAUUAAGAGUAUAUCCCAAUUCUAUGUUCAUUGUUUUAAAUGUAUAUAAAUCUCUAUUUGUAUAAUUGUGUUUAUAUUUUUCACUGUAAAUAACCUUUUCGUCCUAUUAAGUUUCGUUUUUUACGCAUUAAAUUAUUAUUAUUCGAAUUAAGAUUUCUACAUACAAUACGAAUAUAUAUUUUUUGUACUGUAAUUUUAUUAACUUACCUAGUGAAUAUAAUUUAAGUAAAACUUUAAAAGCUA